CCGCCUACCCCCAUCCCAUCUGAGAGUCGACUCAGGGCUUUAGAGGAAGUGAGGGGAGGAUGAGGUGGCAGCAGGUGUGUGCAGCGUAAUGAUGACAAUCAUUCUGCCACGUGCACACGCACUUAAAUAAGUAGAGACACAAGAUGUCUUCUUUUUCAAAACGAUACCGAUAUAGUACCGAUAACCCAGAACUUUUUCUAUAUGUCAUUUUUAAAUGGAGAUGUAAGUGUAGUGUAUGCACACCUGCGGGUAAGAAGGGCUGGAACAAACUGUGGAUUAGUCCUAAUGAAAUAUCAUGACAUCACUACUACCAGGAGAACCAGAGUAUAGAGGGGGAGGAGCCAGCUGCUGUGGCCCAGCAAGGUGCACUGUAUUCGGGCACAUGCUCCAAGCAGCCGGUGUGACGCCACGAAGGUCUCUGGCAAACCUUUUGCACUUUUCAAACGCUGCAGCGCUGCCGUUUCAGGUGGCUGAUGAGGUUUUUUGUGCUCCCUGCUUUUAUUUCCCCCCUCAUCACGGCACAUUUGCCCUCGGGAAAUGAGUGUUUGUUUACAAGUGAGCUCAGGGGAACUUAGGACAGGCCGUUCACGUCACAGGCAGGAGAAAAAAGGAGUGAAAAAGGAGCUAUUUUUAAUCACAUUUGGGUUCAGCAGUUGAGGAGGAGAAGAGUUCCACCAUGGGGUGUCCUCAUUUUUUCCCAUGCAGUAAGAGAAGUGGCGGUCAUAUCAAGACAUAAUCAACACAUAAUUCCUGCUUAAGCUGAUUAGCCGCUGGUCAUUGAGGGGUUACUUCGUCUGUCUGUAAGCCGGUCCAGACUUCGGCCCAGAAGCUACGCGCUGCUCAGACCUGCUUAUGUAACAUAGGUGUGUGCGUGUGUGUGAGAGACUUUCGGGGGGGCUUCACAUGAAAGAGUUCCGGAGACGUUAGGGUCUUGGAAAGCCCCCAGGCCGCUGCGAGGCGACCAUGCUCCCCAGCCCGGACCAGAGGUGGCGUUCCCGACCACAGUGCCAGCCAGAGGCGGCUUGAUCCGACACCAAGGUUCACUCCAGUAUGCUGUUGGUGUGCUAAGGAUGGAGGACUCUAGCUUGUGCCUUGGUAUGUCGUCAGCGGUGCCCGACACCGAAGCCCACCUGAGCAGCGCAGUGCUAAACGGCCGCUACCCGAUCAGUCAGAAGCUUCACCAGCUCACCGCUCAGCUCGGACACGCCUUUCCCGACCUUCACCGACCGCAGCAGAUCCCCGAAGAGAAGGCGGCCACACCUUUGGAUGAGAAGAGCCACCACGCGGCCCUUGCCAGUCAGCCAAUCAGCAGCCAGAUGGCGCUCUUAGCCAAUCAGCUCAACCGCGACAUUGACGCCGGAGCGUUGAGCGGCUUGAAUGGGCGUGUGGACCUGCAGCAGUUCCUCAAUGGCCAGAACCUGGGCAUCAUGUCCCAGAUGAAUGAUAUUGAAGAUGAUGCCCGCAAGAACAGGAAGUACCCCUGCCCACUGUGCGGCAAACGCUUCCGCUUCAACAGCAUCCUGUCACUGCACAUGCGCACGCACACGGGCGAGAAGCCCUUCAAGUGCCCCUACUGCGACCACAGGGCAGCUCAGAAGGGCAACUUGAAGAUCCACCUGCGCACCCACAAGCUAGGCAACCUGGGCAAAGGUCGUGGCCGGGUCCGUGAAGAGAACAGGCUGCUCCAUGAGCUGGAAGAGCGAGCCAUCCUGAGGGACAAGCAGAUGAGAGGUAGUGGCAGCCUCCUCCAAGCCCCCCAGACCCCCCACCUCAGUCUCAACAGCGGCGGCGCCAACACCCUCCAGCCGCCACUGGGCUCGGCCUGUGGCCUCCCACCGCCAUCGGGCCUCAUCACUCCAGAAAACGUCGCUCAGCCGUCGUCUUCCCCCAAGCCAACCGCCGCCCAGGACGAGCAGUCCCUUAUCCCGGCCACGGGAUUUCGCUGCACCUUCUGCAAGGGGAAGUUCAAGAAGCGAGAGGAGCUGGAUCGACACAUCCGUAUCCUCCACAAGCCGUACAAAUGCACCUUGUGCGAGUUUGCCGCCUCCCAUGAAGAGGAGCUGAUCAGUCAUGUGGAGAAGGCCCACAUAACUGCUGAAACCACACAGGGUCAGGGUGCAGGUGGUGCCGGCAGCACACAGAUGGCCACGGAAUUCCGCUGCGACGUGUGCGGUCAGGUGUUCAGCCAGGCCUGGUUCCUCAAGGGUCACAUGCGCAAGCACAAGGACUCCUUUGAGCACUGCUGCCAAAUAUGUGGCCGCCGCUUCAAGGAGCCCUGGUUCCUCAAGAACCACAUGAAGGUGCAUCUCAACAAGCUGGCUAUCAAGAGCAAGCCACCGCAGCCGAGCGAGCAGGACAUGGCGUCCGUCAACAGCAUGAGCAGCCUGGCUCAGGAAGCCCACGCCAACCUUUACUCCCGCUACAUCUCCUGUCUUCAGGGAGGCUUCCUUUCCCCAGACAAACAGAGCCUGAGCGAGCAACACCAAAUGUUGGCCAAAGCCGGGAUAGCCAUGAAGGAAAAGGAAAUGCUUGGGAAGCUGCUGGGACCCAUGGCGGCAGGUAUUGGUCACGGGUUGGGCGACAACGAGAAGCGUUCCCUCUUGGGUUGCCUCAACCUCGUUCCACCGCUCAAGUCGAGCUGCAUGGAGCGCCUGCAAGCCGCCGCCAAGGUGGCAGAGAUGGAUUCCCUCAACAGCUACCAAGCUUGGCAGAUCAUGGCUCGUGGCAUGGCUAUGGACCGGGCCUUCAUGCCCAAGGAGCCGCAGCAACACACGACUCCGGGGCAGGAAGAUGACAUGACUGGUGCUGGUGCCAUGGCUUCCUUCUCCAAGGAGAAACAAGACUUUGCACUCAUGGCUUCAGCUGAUGGCUCUAAAAAGCAGCUUUCUGAAGCCUUGCAGGGCUCCAAGGCUGCCAGCGCUGCUAUGAUGUCCAUGAAGGACGACGCGAGAGGCUUUGACUUGAUGUCUCACCACAUCGGUGCAGAGACUCCCACCUUGGGAAACCCCAACAUGGACUAUGGUCUGUCAAAUCUGAAGGAGAAGCCGUCAGAGUGCCCCGACUGCGGCCGGGUUUUCAGAACCUACCACCAGAUGGUCGUCCACUCUCGCGUCCACAGCAAGGACCGGAGAAGCAUGGAGGAGGCGCUCCAGCAGCAAGGCGUGGACGAACGCCGCGGUUCGGCCAGCGACCCCGAGUCCCAGUCCAUCAGCCGAUCCACAACCCCCGGCUCCUCCAACGUGACGGAGGAGAGUGGGGCCGGAGGCGGGCACUCGCAGACGGGAAGUGUCCAGGAUGACAGCCCGCAUCCUUCGUCUCCUUCCUCAGAUGUCGGGGAGGAGGCGGCGAAGGCGGCCGUCAGCGUUCCGCCGUCGGUGUCGCAGCAUCGCGAGCGGACUCUCGGCUCCGCCUCCAAAGACUGUCCUUACUGCGGCAAGUCCUUCCGCACCUCCCAUCACCUCAAGGUCCACCUGCGCAUCCACACAGGAGAGAAGCCCUACCGCUGCCCUCAUUGCGACUACGCCGGCACCCAGUCCGCCAGUCUCAAGUACCACCUGGAGCGCCACCACCGCGAGCGGCAGAAUGGCGCAAACGCCGCGCCCGGACACGCCCCUUCAUCCGACCACAAAGACGACCACGGGAAGGCGAGCGGAGGCGGCGUUUUUGCGCGGCCCGAUGUGCUGCGUAAUGUUUUCAAGGGCAUGCCCCCCAGCUUGGACUUCAGGUCGGGGCCGCUACUGCCACAUCAGUGGGCGGCAGCUGGCGUCAUGUCUGCCAGCGAGCGCGGGGAUCGACACUUUGACUCCAUCUCUGAGACCAUGAAGGCUGCUGAUGGCCCCGCAUCCCUGGUCGCCGCAGCAACAGAGAGUCCCGCUAGCUUCUCCGAUCUAAGCCGGGCUUACCAAAGCAUGAUGGGAAAUGGAGUCCACUUCCAAGGCUCUCUGCAGGCCUUCAUGGACAACUUUGUCCUCAGCUCCAUGAAGAAAGACAUGAAGGACAGCCAAAGUCCAGUCCAGAUCCAAGCCCAGUCCUACCAUGACAACGGUGAACCCAGAGCCAAACGAGCCACGAUGGCAGACCAGGACAGAGAUGACAAGCCUGAGGCCAAGCAGAAUCCUGAACCCGGCAAACCUGGAUCCCAGUUUGAGCCGCUGGAUUUAUCUGUGUCAGUCCGACCCGAAUCUGGGUCCGGUUCUCUUCCCGGCUCCACGGUUACCAUUCAUGACAAUGUGGCGUGGCACGGCUGCCUCUUCUGCUCCUUCUCCACUCCAUCGCUGGAGCUAAUGGCCCUUCACCUCCAGGCCAACCAUCUGGGUCAAGCCCAGUCUCAGCGGGCCGAUACGGGCAAAGACGAGGCUUCUCCCAGCAUCAAGAGUUUUGUCCAGGACAAAGACAUGGAUGCAGAGAGAAACCAGGGCAGCUGGAACAACCACAUGGACCAGCCCUACAACCCCUUCCAGAGCGAUUUCUACAGGCGGUUUGGCGGCUUGUACGACGGAUCCCCUCGAGCCACUCAGGGUCUCCAAGGCUACAUGACUGCCGCUGAGCAGGGACUCGACCUGCCUGGCAAGGCCUUCAGGGGAGCAUCCUCGACGGGCGAUGGCGAAAAGAGCUCCUGUGGAGACCCUGAUGAAGAACAGGCUGGCUCAGAUGAUGAGCUUGUCAAAUCUGGGGGUCACAUUGCCAGUGACACCCCAUCGGCCACGCCCCAGAGAGGACAGCAUCACUCUGAUGAGGAGCAGGACGAGAGGGGUGUGACUGAAGAGGAUGAGGACCGAGAUGAUGAUGAGCCAAUGGACAUGGACCGAGAGGAAGAAGGAAGUCCGGCUCCAGACCACAUCCAGAACCACCACAAGCAGCUGCAAGAUGGCUUGGUUGCCUCGUCCUCCGCCAUGACGCCUCUUUCCCUGCUGCCCCCCAACCAGAAGCAAGUCUUGUCAAUGGAGAACCAAUGGAAGCAAGGCCUGAACCUCCUGGCCCCCGGAGCCCCCCCUGGACUGCUGAAGGCGGACCAGCAGAGCCACCUGGAGCAGCAAAUGAACAUGCUGUCUGUCCUCAGAGCCUACGGCAGCGAAAACCUGCCGGCCUUCAACGGCCUGGGUGGAGGGGGAGGACCACCCUCAGUGAAGAGGCCUGAUGCACCCGCUCAUCUGUGGGCGGCGGAGGAGGACCAGCCCGUGACCCAUGACCCCAGCCUGACCCUCGGCCCCAACCACGUGGAAGGCGACCUUCACGAGCACGACCUUGGCCAGGCUGAAGGACACCGAGACUAACGACCAGCCGGGAUGAUGAAGAUGAAGAUGAAGACAACAGAAGAUGACUUUAUUUAAACAAACACCGCCAAGAGAGGCGUGAGGGGGCGUGGCCCAGUGUGGACCUAAUGAUUUAAAAAAACACUAAAGUGAAGACUUUUUUUCUCUCUCUCUCUCUCUCCCUCUCCGUGAAACUACCUGUGUCACAAGCACUUCCUGUGACCGCCGUCGCCGCCAUCUCUGAGGCAUUCCUCGUCUGGCGAGAAACGUCAAGUUGUUUUUUUUUCUAACUUGUGGAGUGUGUCUGGUGUAUUACACGAUGGCAAAACUUUCUAUAUCCUACCUGGAAUGUAUUCUUCUGUAGACUAGAACAUGUGAGCGCCCGAGCACACUUCCGGGUAGCGACGUGGGUCCCCGACACAGACCGCACCUUUCCAGGUGCUCGCUAAAAGACCUGACGAGGACUUUUUAACCAUGUUGUUGAUGAUUGUGACGAAGGAGCACUACUUACCCGAAAAUGUACUUACCCCUCAGCCCCGGCUAGCACUGCCAUGCUAGCACUCAUAGACACAUGCUAGUGCUAGCGCUAACAUGAGCAUGGUAGCGGGGUCCCCUCUUGUCUUUGUACAUAAAGAGAUUUACGAUGAUGAAAAACAUAAACGUUCCAAAGGAGCGGAGGGAAAGAGUCGCUUACCAGGCCACGUUCUUCGAAGAAGAAUUUAAACAAAAAAAAAUCUACGAAAAGAGGGGGCGGGGGGUUUGGACGUGUUUGUAAAUGACUGCCACCCGUCGUUGUUGCACAGCGUUGCCGACUACUGAUGAUGAUGAUGAUGAUGAUGAUGUAUUUACUUUACAGUGAGAAGAAAAGACAAAAAACCCCAAGAAAAACUGGAAAAGGACAUCUUGUGUAUAGCCUUAGCUCCAUCUCUUCUUGCUUGGACUAAGCUGCGUAGCUGUGUUGACUGUAGGAUGUACGGUUGGUUUCAUUUUUCAUCUUUUUAAAUAUAUGCAUAUAUAUAUAUAUAUAUAUAUAUAUAUAUAUAUAUAUAUAUAUAUAUAUGUGUGUGUGUGUGUGUGUGUAUAUAUAUAUACAUGUAUAUAUAUAUGUAUAUAUAUAUAUGUAUAUAUAUAUACAUAUAUGUAUGUAUAUAUAUGUGUAUAUAUAUAUAUAUAUGUAUAUAUAUAUAUAUGUACUGCCUUCUCCAUCGCGCUCCAUCGAGAAAGAAAACAAACAAAAAAAAAAGCUGACAAUCGUCUCCUGUGCUGCAAACAUUUAACAGAUUCCAUUAUGCAUAGAGGGACUUUAUCCUUUUUUUUAAUUUGACUUGUUUGGGUUCUGAGAAGUAUUUUGCACUGUGAUAGUAUUCUAAAUGCGACUUAUACAGUACGACACUAGCUAACUAACUAAACGGAAGGUGUGUGUUUGUGCGUCCCUUGGCAUUGUGAAAUGUUUCUACGUCUUUUUUCUUUUUCUUUCGUGUGUGAAGAAGCCAGAGAACAAUUCUAACGCGCUGUGUACAGUUGAAAAUAUAAUCCCCCUCCCAAGCCCCCCCCCCCCCCUUUUUCUUUUUUUGUUCCGACUAGAGUUGAUUGAUAUUCGCGGCUCGGACAAACUCCUCCUCGGUCGCUUCUGACACGUUCAUUUGAUUCUGUGUGGAUUCUGAUAUUAUUUGGCGCUGAGGAAAGGAGGAAGCGGACGGAUGGGAACGUAGCGGGAAGAUGGCUUGAAGGGAAUAUUUCUUGAAAGGGCGUACGAGGGAAGCAAUCGGCGACCCGACGGUGUCUGACUUUCUGAGCGCCGAUGAAGGAGCAUUCCACAUCCUCUUAUUGUGUCUUGUGUUUGGCUGUAUCCUCAUGGCAGAUGCUUUGUUUUGUAACUACUGAACUGUACUUAUAAUAAAAAUAAAAUGUAUUCCAACUAAAAAAAAAAAAAAAGAUUGUCACAGAGCAACAGCUUGCGUGUGCCUCUUACCUUCUCUUCACUUCAUCACGUCUUUUCCUCCUUCAUGAUGUUGCACCCCUCCAAGCAAAGUGAAUGAUGGCAACAUCGCAGCUUGUCAAACAUGAACAUCAUCCAGCAAGCC